AUGGCGGAGGAGAAAAGCCAGGCCCAGGUGUCGGGGCCACGGGUCCAAACACCGGGCAGUCGGUCGGUCGUGGAGAGAAAACGAGGCCGAAGGCGCAACACGACAGAAAAUUUCCUGGAAAGGCUCCCAUCUGAGAUUCUGAUUAAGAUUCUGUCAUACUUGGACGUCGCCUCAUUGUUCUGCCUCAGCUAUGUCAGCAAACUCCUCCACCGGUUCGCCAACGAUGACAUUAUUUGGCAGCAGAUUUACCUGUCGGAGUUUGAGAGUAAAAUGUGGAAGCUUGAGUUGUCGGACGAUGCAGGGGAUCAUCCACCGGGACGCUGGAAGAAGAUGUACUUCAGGGCGAUUGAUGGACAGCAGACGAAAAUGUGGAAGAACUACCUAAAAAACAUCAACCCGUACAACGGCCUGCCCCGGCAGACGGAGUGGGUACUCAGGAACAUGAACGUGAGCUGGGAGCUAAGACUGUGCGACCACUUGGGAGGCAAGUCCACGCUGGUGCCGAGCCGGGUGCGCUUUUUCGAGUCCUCCGUGACGGUCUGCUGGAGCAGAGCCAGCUUCGUCCAGUACCAUCACAUCAGCAGCAUCCAGCUGUACGGAUUCAGGAAAGAGAGCCCAAAGGGCCCCAAUGUCAGGAAGCCCCCCUGGCGCUCCCUGAUUUUUAAGAUUAACAUAAAGGAGUCGCCAUAUCGCUUCUUUUGCAAGGACAGACUGAUCAAAGUGCUAUGUUUCCCGCCGGGCGUCCUCGUUGGCAUCUGGAGGGCUGACCAUAAGGUGGCCUUCAUCAUGGUUACCCUUCACUUCCACAAGCUGGUGGAGAAGAGUCUUCUGGGGUCUCCAGCCUGCCCGUACGCCGAGCCCUUGGACCCUCCACCCGUAGAUGUCUCUGAUCCUGAGUUUGGUCUCCAUGGUUACACUCUACACUUUGUCCUGCACAAUACCAGCGCUCUCCUCAUGUCGGGACAAUUUCACCAGCUCGCUUGUCACAGAUUUCCCAUCCAGCGCGGCCUGGUGGAGCUGAAGGUCAUCAGCAGCACCAGCCUGUCGCAGCACCGGUCGCUGUCCGGCUGCAUCAAGCUGCCCUGGAAGAGCGACAAGCUGGAAGGUUCCAUAGAGAACUGCUGCAUCAUGACUCUGACGCUGCUGGACGUGUUUCACAAACCCUUCUGGUGCGUGAGCUCGCCCAUUUCCAUCACUAUGGAGGCGAGUGCGACGCCCUCGGACUACAGCGGCGAUCACUUUCGGAUGGAUCACUGGAGCGCUGACGGCCGGGUGAAGAUGAGGCUGGUCUGGUUGAAGGAGUUGAAGCAGUUCUUCCUCAUCAGCCUCACCAUCUAUGUCCCUGUCUCUAAGGUCAACAAGUACUUCAGCAGACACUACUGA